GCGGGGCCAACCGGUGAGAGCCGGAAGGGCUUCUAGAAGAAUUCAAGUUUACCUCUUCAGUGUGCUGAGCUGCCGCCACACCUCGCCUCAAGCCCCGAUUUGCUGAAACUGCUUUCUCGCUAGGAAGCAGCAAUGGCAAUGGCUGUAGAUUUUAAAACCAAUGCAGAUCAGGCUUGCAGAGCUGCUGAAGAGUUUGUCAAUAUUUACUAUGAGACCAUAGAUAAAAGAAGAAGGGUAUUGACUAGAUUGUACCUUGAUACUGCUACUUUAGUUUGGAAUGGAAAUGCCAUAUCUGGACUUAAUGCUUUGAAUGAAUUUUUUGAGACAUUGCCUUCCAGCGAAUUUCAGAUCAAUGUGGUAGACUGCCAACCUGUGCAUGAGCAAGCCACACAGAGCCAAACGACCGUCCUCGUGGUGACCUGUGGGACAGUGAAAUUUGAUGGGAACAAACAACGCUACUUCAACCAGAAUUUCCUGUUGACUGCCCAAGUCACACCAAACAGCACCGUGUGGAAGAUCGCCAGCGACUGCUUCCGUUUCCAGGAUUGGGCUAGUUAGAUCUCACCCAAAAUGGCCAGAUUCUCUGUCUCUGGUCCAAAUGCUCCAUCCAGUAUUCUUGCUUUAAAAUAGUUCAGAUUCAUUCAUGUUCUCCUGUUGUUCAGUUCAUUUCAGAAGUUCUGUGAACCCAGGGUGCGUCAGUGCCGAUAUGUCUGUAAAAAUGACUUAAAAUUCCCAAUAGCAACUUUUAGGGUCACUUUUAAAAGCAGUGGACUUGUGUUUGUCUGUAACAUGCCUUUUAAAAACUCUGUUACUGAAAUGCUCACUGCUUACCUUUGUUAAAAGAUCACCAAGCUAACAAAGACUAUAAAUCCAAUCCAAGAAAAAUUUAAUUCUUUGUGUCCCAUGGGCCCUUCUCAUUGCACAUGGGAUAUACAAACACUUGUCUCCUUUCGGUAAACAUAAAAGUAGCUUCAAUUUAGGAGCCAUCUAAGUCAGGACAAUCAAAACUGCUGAUUUUUACUGGGUUUUCAUAACUCCUCAAAUAUUCUGGAAAUGUACUUUUGAAAUAUUGUUCAGAUUCUGAUGUUUAAUGAAUUUAAAAAGUAAAUAUUGAAAACCAAUAGAACAAAACUUUUUGAAACUUUAAGUAUUUGAAUAAAAAACUUUGAAUGCAUAAA